CUCCUCCCUCGUCGGGUCUCCAGGGCCGGGCGCGGCCAUUGCUCCGCUCGCAGCCGGCCUCGCUUCCUUCCCCACCGGCCUCUCCCGCCUUCCGCCGCGCGGCUGAACAGGCCCGUUGGGCGCGGAUCCGGCCAUGGCAGCCGCCGAGAGCACGACGGCCCUCCUCUCGGGCGCCUUCGUAGGCGCGCUCGCUUUCCACCAUGUCAACAGCGGCUCCGACACUGUGCGUAAAAAGGAAGGAUUCCUCCUUGGGGAGGUGAAAUCUGAAGCCAAGGACAUCAUUACUGACUCUCAGAUGGAUGGCGCUGAGGUUGUGUAUACAAUUGAUAUACAAAGUCACAUUCCAUGCUACCAACCCUUCAGCUUUUACAACUCGGCAGGAGAAUUGAACGAGCCACUGCUGAAUAAUAUAUUGUCGAGUUGCAAAAAGACUGUGGUGGGCUGGUACAAACUCAGGCGUAAUACUGACCAGACGAUGACGUUCAGAGAGCAACUUCUUCAUAAGCAUUUACAGUCACACUUGGCAAAUCAGGGCCUUGUUUUUCUGUUACUGACUUUCAGCCCAACGUCUUCAAAUUUAUCCACUUACAAACUUGAAUAUGCCUUACAUAAACCGCAAGAAGGUCCUUUUCAGAAAGUUCCUCUUGUUAUUGCCAAUCUGAGAAUGGCAGAAGAGCACGGAUAUCAUACAGCGUCCAGUUCAUGUAUUUCUUCCGGCUAUUGUAGAGCAGUUGCAAAACACAGGUCAGAAUUUUUUAAUGAAGAUGGGUCUCUAAAAGAGGUUCUGAAGACUGCUGAAAUGUCUGCCACCUUGCAGGAGGAAAUGGAGAAUAUAGGCAGUAAAGUAGCAGACAGUGAAAGAUCAGUAGAGAAUCUGCUAGCAGAAGUAGAUCAACUGAGACAAGAAGUACGAAGGAAAAAAGAACAGAUACAAACUGCAGAAGUUACCCAAACAAAGAAAAGUCACCCAGAUGAAUCGAAAGAAAAUAUCUUCCUUUGUCAAGCUUUGCAAAACUUUUUCCCAAAUUCUGGACUGCAGUCAAGCAGUGUUACUUUAAAAGGAAGACAAAUUUCUAAGCAUUGCUGCAACAUUGACCACAACACAAAAAUAAUGGACUGGCUGACCUUAAUGUUCAAAGAAAAUAGUUUCCCUGAAGCUGAGACAAGGCAGGUAAUUAAGCGAAAGGCUACUGUAACUACAAGUGGACCAAAGCCAUUCAAAAGGCUACGAUCUUUCAAACUUCGUCGAAAUCUAUUUCAGGAGGACCAAAAGAACAGUGACCAAGAAACAAACAUUCCAACCAGUGACACUGAACCUGAUGAGGAUGUUACAAAAGAGCAUGAAGAACGCAGAGUAUCUCCAAGUUUUUAAUCCCUUUCUGUACAGAUAAAGGAUUUCUUUUCCCCCAGAAA